UAAAGCAUGCCUUCCUCUGCCGGGAGGACUUGACAAGGUGACUGGGACUGUUGCUCUGCUCUGCUACCAUGAAGACGCUGCUCUUUCUCUCUGUGUUGGCAGCCGUUAGCCUGGCUGCUCUGGCAGAGAAUCAGACCCAAACUCCCAAAACCACCAAGAAGAAGGAAAAAAUCAAGGAGGAGAAGGGCGUUCUCGAGCUGAAAAAAAGCAACUUUGAGCAGGCCCUCAGACAGCAUAAACACCUGCUGGUGAACUUUCACGCCCCCCUGUCUGGAGAGUCACAGAGUCUCUCUCUGGAGUUUGCGAGCGCCGCAGCCCAGCUGAGGAACGAGUCCUCUAAGAUCCGGCUGGGCACCAUCGACGUCUCCAAAGAGAAGGAGCUCACCAAAGAGCUUGGAGUCACAGACUUCCCGGCGCUGCGGUUUUUCAUUUCGGGCGACAGGGAGAACCCUGUAACAUGUCCAGCUUUGAGAUCAGCUUCGGCCAUCGUCACCUGGCUCAAAAGAAGGACCGGCCCCAGUGCGGUGCUGAUAAAGGACGUGGAUCACGCCAAAGCCUUUGUGGAGGAAGCUGAGGUGGUCAUCGUUGGCUUCUUCAAGGAUCUGGAGAAGGGGGAAGUUCAAGUAUUCUAUGAGGCAGCGCAAGAUAUUCCAGACCUGCCCUUUGGAGUCACAAAAAAUAAAAACGUGUUCAGUAAAUAUGACAUCACAAAAAACGCUGUAGUGUUAUUUAAAAAGUCAGAAGAAAAGCCAGUCGCAUAUGAAAUGUCUGGUGAAGUAUCGAGAGACAGUCUGGUGAGGUUUAUAAGGACGUUUGAAAUGGAUCUCGUUACAGAGUACAACAGGGAGACAUCUGGGAAAAUCUUUACUGCCCUGGUGACCAGCCACAUUCUACUGUUCACAAACAAGACAGCAGACGACUUCAGAGAACUCCACGGGGAAUUCCAGAGUGCUGCUGUCGAAUUCAGGGGAAAGGUGCUGUUUGUUUUCGUUGACACUGAUGAAACCAGGAACGGACGGAUUUUUGAAGUUUUCCAUGUUCGUGAAGUGGACACUCCUGCGGUCCGCAUUAUAAACCUGACGGACAACGUGCAGUACCAGAUGCAAGCAGACGAGGUCACUGCGCACAACCUGAGAACCUUCUGCUGGACUUACCUGGAUGGGAAAGCAAAGCCCAAGCUGGACAGCGAACCCAUUCCUGAAAACUGGGACAAGGGCCCCGUGAAGGAGCUGGUCGGGAUGAACUUCGAGAGAGUCGUUUUCAAUGAGGACCGGAACGUUUUUGUCAUGUUCUAUGCUCCGUGGUCUGCAGCCUGCAAGGAGCUGCUGUCUGUGUGGGAGCAGCUGGGGAAGGUGUUUGAGGAUCACGCCAGCGUGGUCAUUGGUAAGAUCGACAGCACUGCCAACGACGUGCACACCGUCCUGCUGGAGCGCCACCCUGCGUUCACCUUCUUCCCCGCGACGUCAUUCCAAAGGAUUGUCACCUACACCGGUGAAAGGACGUUGGAAGCCUUCGUUCAGUUUGUUGAAAACCAGGUGGAAUUAGCGAAGGAAGAGAAGGCAAAGGAAGAUGAAGAAAAGAGAAAACAAGCAAUCGAAGAGUCAGAAGGGAAAGAGAAAGAAGAGCUUUAACCAAUUUAAAGGAGGGCAGCCUACAAAACUUUUUGAGAAUAAAGGCUUUUAUUGCAAAGAUCCAAA